GACCGCUUCGAGCUCGCAGUCCAGCCUCCCAGAAAACUCGCGCCGAAGGAGCUGCCGUGUGUCAAAGUUCCCGCUGCCGGAGGAGCAGGAGGGGAGCGGCCGCCUAGGGCCGCCGCCGCCGCCACCCUCCUCCUCUCGCGGGGAGAGGCGAUUGGGACGGGCUGGCCAUUGGCUCCCCGCUGCCCCCGCCCUGGUUGGCUAGUUGGCCGCGGAAAGGAGACUGCAGGAGGAGGGCCCUGGGUGGUGCAGGCAGGCUGGGGAAGUCGCGCCGCGCCUGGGCUGCGAGCACCGCGGGGAGCAAGAAGUUGCUGGUGGUCACCCAGGGAGAGGGGUGGGCAGAAGGCAGCAAGGCCUCCUCCUCCACGCAGCCGCAGCCGCAGCCGCCCCUUAGGGGGAGCCGGCGGGUGGGGGCAGCAGCUUGGUGUGCGGAGACCAUUCAGCGCGUGGGUGCAUUAGGCGCUGCCCAAUGCCUAGACCUCUGUGAGCAGCAGCAGCAGCAGCAGCAGCAGCGCCACCGAGGAGGAGGAGGAGGAGGAGGCGGCUGCGAUGGCUGGGGUCCGGCUGCUCUCGGAGGGGAAGAUUGCGGGCCUCUACGACCUGGAGCGCACGCUGGGCAAGGGGCACUUUGCGGUGGUGAAGCUGGCCCGGCACGUCUUCACGGGCGAGCGGGUGGCCGUCAAGGUGAUCGACAAGAGCAAGCUGGACGGGGGGGCGGCCACCCAGCUGCUGCAGGAGGUGCGCUGCAUGAAGCUGGUGCAGCACCCCAACGUGGUGCGCCUCUACGAGGUCAUCGACACCCACUCCAAGCUCUACCUCAUCCUGGAGCUGGGGGACGGCGGGGACAUGUUUGACCACAUCAUGCGGCACGAGGGGGGCCUGGCCGAGGGGCAGGCCAAGCACUACUUCGCCCAGAUCGUCCACGCCAUCUCCUACUGCCACCGCCUGCACGUGGUCCACCGGGACCUCAAGCCCGAGAACGUGGUCUUCUUCCAGGAGCAGGGCGUGGUCAAGCUGACGGACUUUGGCUUCAGCAACUGCUUCCAGCCGGGCACCAUGCUGACCACCAGCUGUGGCUCCCUGGCCUACUCAGCCCCGGAGAUCCUGCUGGGAGAUGAGUACGAGGCGCCUGCCGUUGACGUGUGGAGCUUGGGCGUCAUCCUGUACAUGCUGGUGUGUGGGCAGCCGCCUUUCCAGGAGGCCAACGACAGCGAGACCCUGACCAUGAUCCUGGACUGCCGUUACCUGAUCCCGCCACGUGUCUCCUCCCAGUGUGCCGACCUGAUCUCCCGGAUGCUGCAGCGGAACCCACGGGAGAGGGCCUCCCUGGAGCAGAUCGAGGUCCACCCAUGGCUGCAGGGGGUGGACCCCUCCCCUGCCAGCCGCUCCCUCUUGCCGCUGACGUCCCACAAGCGAGUCUCGGAGGAAGAGCACGACAUCAUCAUCCAGGCCAUGAUGUGCGGCAACAUUGCGGACCGGGAGACUAUCCAGGAAGCGCUGGAGGCCAACCGGUACAACCACGUGACAGCCACCUACUUCCUGCUGGCGGAAAGGAUCCUGCGGGAGAAGCAGGAGAAGCCCAGCGCCAGCCCCAGCCUGGUCUACAACCUGGCCCAGCAAGUCCAGAGCAGGAGCACGUUCAACACAGUGAGCGACCCCAGCCACCCCCUCGCCUUAGCAGACAAGAGCCCCUGCCCACCACCGGCCAGCAAAAGUGCUUUGGAGAAGGUUGCAGAGCAUUCUGGGAAGCCCGUCCUCUGCUUCCCUGCGCUGGGUGAAGAGGCGUCCCCUUCCAGCUUCCACGGAUGCGGGCAGCCUAUCCGUGCACUGAUCCGGCCCGCCCUCAUUGAGACCCCCAUAGCCAAGAGCACCCCUGCCUUGCAGCAGAUCUCGGAGGAGGAGGAGGAGGAGGAGGAAGAGGAGGAGGGGGGGAAGCCUGGCCUCUUCCGCAGGAGAACCUCCUCUCUGAACCAAGAGCAAAUGAGCGCCUUCCAGAGUGCCAAGGCCUCCUUGUUGUUCUGCCGGAGCCUGGCAGCCCACAACAAAGCGGGGAAGAGCCCUGCCCCUGGCCUCCCCAAGCCUCGGGCCCCCGGCCUGGCUCUCCCGCAGGCCCCCCCAUCUCAGGCAGGGCCGGGACGUGUGCUGCAGCAGCAGCAGGAGGAGGUGGUGGCCUGCCGUGGGCAGGGUGGGGAGAGGGCCCUGGGUCCGCCACCCAGAGAGGGGGCCCCGGGGGGCCAGGCGUGUGGUGGGAGCAGUGGGCCUUGCCAGCAGGGGGGUGAGGCUGGAGGGGAGGAAGACAACAACAACUCCUCCUCCUCCUCCUCCUCUCCCCAAACGGGUGCUGAGGAGGAGCUGCUGAAGCAAGGGGGCUGCAGCCGCCUCCAGAGGGUGGCCAGGCUGGCUGUGGCCGUGGCUCCGGAAGAAAAGGCCCAAAAGCUGGAGAGAGGCCUGGAGGCCGGGCCAGCCGGCCAGCCCAAGCGCCUGGGCCCUGGCAGUCCGGGCGGCAGCGAGAGUCCGGCAGACAACAUCAUCAAGCUGGACCCUGCCAAGGGCAAGAGUGCCAACCUGAAGGACAGGAUCCUGCAGUUCCCCCUCUGCGAGAAGGCCCUCGCCUUCCGGAUGCGGCCCACCUCCAAAGACAGCCUCCUCUCCCUGGGACAGUUCAACUGCUGCCACGUCAUCUAGCCUCUGGGCUGUGUCUGCAGGAGAUGGACGGACGGGCAGCAGGAGGAGGAGGAGGAGGAGGAGGAGGAGGAGGAAGACGACAGGAACUGCGAGGCAGGCUCCAUUCCCAUGAUCCUCUGCUCCCCGUGAAUGGCUGCUGCUGUCCUGCCUCAGCAGGAGGGGCACCUCUCCCCCCGCCCACCCACCCGCCUGCCCGCCUGCGUGAGAAUGCAUUUCCAGCUGCUCUGUGUCUCUGCUUGAACUGGAUGAGCCCAGUGGCUGCCCCUUCCCUGCCCCACAACCUCCACUGUGCUCUCCAAACCCAGCAGGGCCUCCCCUUAGCCUCCUGCAUGCUGGGCCUCCGUCUUGUCCAAAGACAGGGAUCCCCCGCCCACCCCUGCGGAGUAGCCUUUUCCAGAAGCCUGGUGGGGGCUACGCUUCGGCCAAGGGAGGCCAGCGAUUCUUAAGAGGUCUCUGGGCAGCAUUCCUCGGGCCAAGCUGCACCUGCUCCAUAUGAGAGGCGAAGGGCCCUGGAAUUGGGAUGCACAAAUCCAUCCCACCCCCCCACCCACCCCCCGCUGCAUCCACCCACGGAGGCCUGUGGGUAAGAAGGGUGGCCCCGCGCCCCCCCAUGGCAUUCACCUCUCUUCUCCCUGGCACUUGCCCAAGGGCAACGUUGCUGCUCCCAAGCCCUCCCCAUUUUGAAGGGAGAUGUGGCCAGUCACACUGCGGGGGCGUCUGGGAGUGUCCGUCCUGAGCAGCUGGCAGGAGGGAGCGCCAUUAGCUGCCUCCCCUGUCUGGGGCCGGUUCAGGGAGAGGCCCCCCGCCCCUCAGCUCCCCUCUUGCAGCGGCCUGCUGGGCUGCCGGGGGGGAGGGCCGGCUCAGCUCUGGCUGCCCACAGGACAGGCUGAGCCUUGGCCAGAGGUCUGUGCCGGGCAUGCCAGACCCCCCCCCCUUCCCACCUCCCCAGGACUCCUGCUCUUUCUUCACCCCUUGAAACGUAGAGGGCCAGUUUGUGGGAUCACCUGCCUGCCCCCUUGACGUAGACUGCAGGAUGUGAGGGGGGAAGAAGGUCCCCAUUUCCCCCAUCCAGAGGGGAGCAGACCCCCCCCCACUUAUCCUUCUCUUGUCUUCCAGUCUGUUAGACCCCGGCUGAGGAAGAGGAGGAGUCCAGGUGAAUGACCACAGAGAGGUGGGAGAGGGAGGCACAUGGGCCUCCACACCCCUCUGCUGUUAGGAGUGGACAUGUGCCCCCCACUUCCUAUGCAAAUGGGGCAGUCGCAGGAGCCUUGUCUGCCCUCAGGCCAAGCUUGGCCCCCACCCUCCUGUUCAAGGAGCCAGGGGGAGGGGGCCUGGGCCUGGCAGAUCCCCUCGGCCUUUCCUUGGUCUGCAGGCCAGGGGGUUGCAGCGGGAUUUGGGAGGGGGUCUCUGCCUGCUUAGGGGCAGUCCACUGAGUUCCACAAGGGAUGUGAAGACUGCCUUGAGGAGACCCGGCUGUCCAUCCUGUCUCUGUCCGGUGUGGGGCAGCCGCUUGGCUUGAGUUCCUGACGGGGGUGAGGCAGGGAGGGACCCCCAGAAGCCAGGGAUGGGACCCCCAUGAACUCUGAGUGGGUGCCUCCUGCCCAGGGCCAAGGGUUGGUUCCUGAGGAGCAGGCUUUCCCCUUCCAAAGCACCCCAGCCAACCCCACAGAGAUGAGGUGUUUUUUUAAUAGCAAUUGAGAUAUUUUUUAAGAAUAGUCUAUUUUAAUGUACCAUAGAGAUGGCUCUGUAUCCCUUUUCCCGCCCCCGGCCCAGUGUUCCCCCUGGGCAGCAAAUGCACUUUUUAGGAGUGAAUCAGCCAUGUUCUUGCCCCUCCUUGGCCAGCAACGCUCCCUGCCCCCCACCAGCUGCCCCCCACCCCUGCUGCCAGCAGCUGCCCUGCCUGUGAGGUGUCUGUAGACUCGCCCCCCCCCGCAAGGACUCUGUUGGUCAAGGUGAGCUGGGCAGAAGGACGCGAGGAGGGGGCCUGCACGCCUGCCGUGUCUCUCCAAGACUUGCGGCGGGGUGUGUGUGUGUGUGUGUGUGACAUGCACUCCCACCCAGCCUGUGUUUCUCCCCCCACCCACACCCACCCCUUGCUUGCACACCACAUGUGUGCGUCUUCGUGUUUGUCCAUGGCCUGCCCAGGAAUUCCAUUUUCUCUCUGAAACUCUUCCAGGAAAAUAAGCUUUCUGUGUAUUUAUCCUUCUUUCUUGCUGGCAAGAAAUGAACCAGGAACUGGAUUGCUGAGCUCACUCUGGGUUCUGUAUCAAGUGCACUGACUGGAUCUGAGGCAAAGCAAGUGGAGUCCAAUAAAACAACUCUUCCGGA